GACCUGCUUGAUCAUAUGGACAAAGGUUGAAGUCUAUCUGUUUACAGCUGAGUGAAACUUCUACUGUGGAACAUGGGACGUCUGGACGGGAAAGUAGCGCUGUGUACGGCGUCUGCACAAGGGAUAGGACUUGAAACGGUUCUGGCAUUUGCCAAGGAGGGAGCCAGAGUGAUUGCUACGGAUGUCAACAUCAGUAAACUGGAGCAGGAGGUCAAAGAUGUGCCAGGAAUUGAGGCCAAGACGCUGAAUGUGGCAGACAAGGACCAGGUGACUGCACUGGUGGACCAGUUAGACCGUGUGGACAUCCUAUUCAACUGUGCAGGAAUAGUUCACAAUGGCACCAUCCUGGACUGUGAGGAGGCUGACUGGGACCAGACCAUGAAUAUCAACCUGAAGAGCAUGUACUUCCUGUGUCGAGCUGUCCUCCCAAAGAUGGUGGCACAAGGUUCCGGGUCUAUCGUCAACAUGUCUUCUAGUGCCUCAAAUGUUAAAGGUGUUCCCAUGAGGUUUGUGUACUCUGUCAGUAAGGGAGGAGUCAGUGGACUCACCAAGGCCAUUGCUGCAGACUUUGUCUCUAAGGGGAUUCGCUGUAACUGUAUCUGUCCAGCUACAGUAGAAACACCCUCCCUGCAGGAGAGAAUCAACGCCUUCCCUGAUCCUGUCAAGGCUCGUGCGGACUUCAUUGCUCGACAGAAGAUGGGUCGUGUGGGGAAACCUGAGGAGAUCGCAGCCCUGGCCGUGUACCUGGCAUCGGAUGAGUCUGGAUACACCACAGGCCAGGACCUUGUAAUUGACGGAGGCUGGGGCCUUGCCUAAUUAAUAACCAAACCCAGAUGUACCUGAACUACUUGUUAUUCAUGGAUGGCCCUGAUGUUGUGUUCUCUACAAAACUUCAAUGAUUUGCUGGAAAAUACUGUAAUUCACUUAAUGUUCACAGUAAAUGGACGUGUUCAGGGAACUAUAUGUUCACCGUCACAUGGUGACAGGUGCAGAAAAAAGAGUCGGCAAAUUAAAUGUUAAUGGUAAUGACAAGUUUGUGGUACAAAAUUGACCCCAAA